CGCGGGUUUUGCAUCAGUUGUGGUAAAUUUUCCCGCGCGAUCAUAGCGCGACUAACAUAUUUGUCGCGUACAAAGUUACGUUUGGAAGUUAUGAAAAGUGUUUUACCAUAGAGUCGUCAAUUUAUUUUUCACGAGCUGUUUUAAAAGAAAGAUCACCUCACAAUGGGCACGUCCAGGACUUGUCUUUUCUUCAUCACCAUGCACUUAAUAUACGCCGCAUCAGCGCAAGAUAUCGAGAAGCGUGUUCCCAAAGGUUUCCUCGGUAUGCGUGGCAAGAAAUACGACUCGGCGUCAUCAGAACAGUUCUAUAAGCGGAGACCACAGUUCUUUGUUGGGGUUAAAGGGAAAAAGAGCUUCUUAGAAGCGUUAGAGAACUAUGAGUAUAAACGAGCGCCAAUGGGUUUUGUGGGCAUGAGAGGGAAGAAAGAAUCAUAUAUCCCUAACUUGUAUUACCCAGACAGUUAUGAGUACGUCCCGAAGCGUGAUGGGUCGCUAAUCGGUCAAAUUGAUUACGCAUCUAGCGACGAAACGCGGCAAUUUGACGAAAAUGAAUUCCCAGUUUUAAACGACUUCCUCACGGAGUAUUUGCAGAAGCUCGAGCGACCCGAAGCUGUCACAGAAGCGACUGUCGACAACGAGCUAACGAAUGAGAGGAUCACGAACGAAGUGGACAAAAGAGCUGCCAACAUGCAUCAGUUUUAUGGUGUGAGGGGAAAGAAAUCAGUUCAAGAUAAACGACCUUACGAUUUGACGUUUCGCGGUAAAUUCAUAGGGGUACGAGGCAAAAAGGACACCAAAAACAGCGCAGCGCAAGAAGUAAAGUUUUUACUGAACGGACCGUGGCCCAAAAGGAAGGCUCAGAUGGGAUUUUUUGGGAUGCGAGGCAAGAAAUGGAUCGACGAUGCGAGCCCCGAAAUGGAAACGCCGAAUUAAGUGUCUUCAAUACGUUUCAAUUAUUAUGCUGUCUCCUUUAAUCCUGUUAAGACAUCUACAUAUCCUUAUAACAUAAUGGAUUCCUUGCCAAUUUAAAUAUAAGUGGCUUAUUCUGACGUUGUACCGUUGGAUAAGUUCUAUCUAGUCAGUAUACUGCGUUAGAGAAAAUUAUAUUACAAAUUUGUUAGGCUGCGACCGCACUGGAGUCGUAAUAAGCGACUAAAAUCGUACUUGUAGCGCCGCUCCGCGGAAUUUUAUGUGAACUAAUGCAAGUUAUUAGUAUUACCAGGUCAAACUGCGCGUCAAAUCUGGAAAUAUGGAUUUAUUGGUACUUCAUAUUUCAAGUUGCACAGAAUUACCAAUAAAAAUACUAUCCGGAAAAGAAGAUCGUAAGCGAAAUCUUGUCACUUACCAUUUACUCGCGUGCGACAUUCCGAGAAUUUAUAAAUACAAUUUAUUCUGAAUGUAGUUUAUUUUUCUGGGAUGAAAUAGGUGGACUAGAUCUCACUAAUUUUUAAUUAUUUUCAAGUAAGUCUUUAUUUUCAAUUUUGGACGUGUAUUUUCUUCAGCUUUUUGUAAGUAUAAUUUGUAAAAUAACUUUCAAGCACUGUAGAAUUCAGGUCUCUUUUCGAAUUGUAUGAUUUUUAACUAAUUUGAUAACUCGAUUUCAUUGCUAGAUCGAAUCCAUACAAAUUUUUAAACGUACAUUAACAUUUUAAAGUAUCUAUUUUAAAAUUGUGAGGCUUACAGUAUAAAUAUAUAUAGUUUUUAAUUAUUUCCAUAAUAUAUGUUUUGUCGCUUUGCGAAGCUUACCAGUGUGGUCGUGGCCUGAGAAGUAUUUAUUUUUAUAAUUUAAUCUUUAUAAUUAGUUUUUGUAGAUUUUUCUAUUGUCUCUAAUAAAAAAAUGAAAAAGUUUAUCUUGUUGUUAAAAAAAGUCAGUGACUCGAGUAGGUGUUAAGUAGAUAGUUUGGAGAGUAAUUUUCAAUUAAUAUAGAUCUUGAAAUGUCUCUGAUUACGAUGUUGAAAAUUAUAUAUAUAAAAAAAUUAUUGAAAGAUUUUUUGGAUGCAAUUUUUCUAAAAAUAUAUAGAUCGACUCUCAAAUAUAUAUGUACACUUACCUGUUAUAAUUUAUAAUAAAAAUUGUAACUACCUAAAAUAUAUCUAAUGUUAUUUUAUUCUUAUGUUAUAGAUAGUUAAUGCGUAUUGUACCUAUACUAUGAUGUUACUAAUGAAUAUCCAAAUGCAUUUUGUAAAGGCUGGCAAAAUGUAACAUUGUAACAUUUAAAUGUAAUAUUAACAGUGACUCUAUCAUGAAGAAUAUGUAAUAUAAUAAAUGCAGUUGCCGAUUU